GUCCACUACUCACUCUCCCUUAAUUUUUUUCAGUUUUCUCAGACCUUGCUUGCCUUUUUAUCUUUCUCUUACUACUGUUGCAUUACCAUUUUUUUUCUUCUUCUUAAGGAAAAAGGUGCAAGAAAGAACCCAUGGAAGUACACCUGACAAAGUCUACAACAGAAGAUCAGGUGGAGAUGAUGAUGAUGAUGCAGCAAAUGGACAACAAGUUUCCUGAAUUCUGUGGACCCUAUCAAGAAACUACUGAAUUACAAUCCUUAAUGGAGUUCUCAUUUGAGUCUUCACCACCUAUCUUUGAUAACCCACCUGUGAUUUCACCACCAUUAAUGAAUAACCCACCUUCCACCAUUACAUUCAUGGACACUGCAAGUCAAGAAGCUGCUGUAUCAACCAUCUUCUCCAAUCCCAUGCUGAGCCGGCUGCAAAACACCGGCAGCGGCGGUGGUGGCGGCGGCGGAGAAUUAGAAUUAUCUGGUGCAAGUUUAUCACAGAAGAAGAAUUCAAUGGCUGCAAUGAGAGAAAUGAUCUUCCGAAUCGCGGCGAUGCAACCAAUUCAUAUUGAUCCUGAAUCAGUGAAGCCACCAAAACGAAGGAAUGUGAAGAUAUCUAAAGAUCCACAAAGUGUAGCAGCAAGGCAUAGGAGGGAACGUAUAAGUGAAAGGAUAAGGAUACUUCAGAGAUUAGUUCCUGGAGGUACUAAAAUGGAUACAGCUUCCAUGUUAGAUGAAGCAAUUCAUUAUGUGAAGUUCUUGAAGACACAGGUGCAAUCACUUGAGAGAGCUGUUGGGAAAAGGCCUAUUGGGAUUAGUUUCCCUUCUGGACCAGUUUCUAAUCCAAAUUAUUCUUCUUCUUUGAUUCCUGCUUCAGUGUUUAGCCAUACCCAGAUGCUUAGUUGA